CCAAGAGUCGGUGAUUCUUGCUCUAACGACCUCCUUCCCCACCCCUGCUACUCCAAUUUCUGUGUCUCUUCUUCCCUUGGGAUGUCAACUGCACUCAUGUCUCCAUUCAGCCUUUCCUGGUGUCCCCGCGUGACUGUGACUACCAACAUGUCUCCAUAGGAUGAUAUUUUCCCCCUGGCUCCUUUUUAGGGACUGUAGCCUCUGCACUUCUAGUGUGAUUGCUGCUUCUGUAGACCCUGUUUUCUUCUCUUACAGCACCCACUCCCGUUGGCAAGAGGGAUUGACUGCAGCAUAUAUCGUAAUACAUUUGGGGAGAGCAUUUUAAAAAGAGCAUAGUAUAGAAUGGCACAGUCCGGAUGACCUUUCUGUGAUAAUGAGGUGGUCGAGAGCUCUGUCGGAUUUGGCAGCCACUUGCUACCUUGGCCAUUAAGCCCUUGAAAUGUGACGACUGCAGGGAAAGAAAGAGGGAAUUUUAAAUUAAGUUGAGUUUAAUUUAGGGAAAGUGGCCCCAUGCUUCCUGUAGCUAUCACUUAACACACUUCUAGAAUAUCUCUACUUAGAAAACCACUGCCAGUAUUUUAGGAUAUUCCUUUCGAGCCUCUGAGAUGUGUGCACACACCCUUAGACACUUAGGCACACUUUGUUGGCCCUUUCUUAGUUCUUCAGCAGAAUGGCUGUUUUUCAAUUUAUUUCAUUACCUCCUUUGAAGGAGCCACCUGCAGUUGCUCAGGGUGGACCCCACCCAAACUUCUUUUGGAGAAUGAUGAAUUUAUUGGCAUAGGGAACAGAUUGUUUCUGUACUACAUAACCCAUAUUUUAGGGGAGGGCACCUCACCGAGACUCUCCAAAUUCAGAGAAAAGGCCAGCUGUCUUCUCAUGAUGGCGCAGAAGCGGCAGGAACAGAAUAGAAAUCUUAGGGGGCGUCCUCUACACCGCCACUGUGAAAAACUUCCUGGGGACAGAGCCGAUUAUCUCCCGAGCUGUGGGUCGAGCUGAGGACUGGAUUCGAACAGAGACCUUGUCAUCCUGGCUUAAUGCCCCAGCCUUUGUCGCAGCUAUGGUCCUGAGCCCGGCUGAGUGGGGGGAUGAAGAUGGAGACGAUGAAAUCUUCUUUUUCUUCACGGAGACCUCCCGAGUCUUGGACUCAUAUGAGCGCAUCAAGGUCCCACGAGUGGCCCGUGUGUGUGCGGGGGACCUUGGGGGCCGGAAGACCCUUCAGCAGAGAUGGACGACGUUUCUAAAGGCUGACCUGCUGUGUCCAGGGCCCGAGCAUGGAAGGGCCUCGGGGGUUCUGCAGGAUAUGACAGAGCUUCGACCUCAGCCUGGCGCGGGGACCCCCCUCUUUUAUGGCAUCUUUUCCUCCCAGUGGGAAGGAGCCGCCAUUUCUGCUGUGUGUGCCUUCCGACCCCAAGACAUCCGGGCAGUGCUGAAUGGUCCCUUUAGAGAGCUAAAACAUGACUGCAACAGGGGACUACCUGUCAUGGACAACGAGGUGCCCCAGCCCAGACCUGGAGAGUGCAUCACCAACAACAUGAAGUUCCAGCAGUUUGGAUCCUCACUCUCCCUGCCAGACCGUGUGCUCACCUUUAUCAGAGACCACCCGCUCAUGGACAGGCCCGUGUUUCCAGCUGAUGGCCGCCCCCUGCUGGUCACUACGGAUACAGCCUAUCUCAGAGUUGUGGCUCACCGGGUGACCAGCCUCUCAGGGAAAGAAUAUGAUGUGCUCUACCUGGGGACAGAGGAUGGGCACCUCCAUCGGGCUGUGCGCAUCGGAGCUCAGCUCAGUGUCCUGGAGGAUCUGGCCUUGUUCCCGGAAACACAGCCGGUUGAAAGCAUGAAAUUGUACCAUGAUUGGCUUCUGGUGGGCUCCCAUACUGAGGUGACACAAGUGAACACCAGCAACUGUGGCCGUCUCCAGAGCUGCUCAGAAUGUAUCCUGGCCCAGGAUCCCGUGUGUGCCUGGAGCUUCCGGCUCGAUGCUUGUGUGGCCCAUGCAGGCGAGCACCGUGGGAUGGUUCAAGACAUAGAGUCAGCAGAUGUCUCUUCUUUGUGUCCAAAAGAACCUGGAGAACAUCCGGUAGUGUUUGAAGUUCCAGUGGCUACGGUGGGCCACGUGGUCCUGCCGUGCUCCCCCAGUUCUGCCUGGGCAUCCUGUGUGUGGCACCAGCCCAGUGGAGUGACUUCGCUCACCCCACGAAGGGAUGGGCUAGAGGUGGUGGUGACCCCAGGGGCCAUGGGGGCUUAUGCUUGCGAGUGUCAGGAGGGUGGAGCCGCCCGUGUGGUGGCUGCUUAUAGCUUGGUGUGGGGCAGCCAGAGGGGGCCCGCAAACCGGGCCCACACCGUUGUGGGGGCUGGGCUGGUUGGCUUUUUCCUGGGUGUUCUAGCAGCAUCUCUCACUCUCCUCCUGAUUGGUCGCCGUCAGCAGCGGCGGCGACAGAGGGAGCUUCUAGCUAGAGACAAGGUGGGCUUAGAUCUGGGGGCUCCACCUUCUGGGACCACAAGCUAUAGCCAAGACCCUCCCUCUCCUUCACCUGAAGAUGAACGGCUGCCCCUGGCCCUGGGUAAGCGGGGCAGUGGUUUUGGUGGCUUCCCUCCACCCUUCCUGCUGGAUUCUUGCCCGAGCCCAGCCCACAUCCGGCUCACUGGGGCUCCUCUGGCCACGUGCGAUGAGACGUCUAUCUAAAGCCAGGAAAAUGACUGCCAGCCAUGAGCAAUCUCUGGAACUAGCGGCUACGAAGACCAGGGUCACUGAACCUGGGAGACGAUCAUGGCUGCUCCAUUCUCUUGGAGUCUGUGUGAUCACACGUCAGUGUCUGUCCUCUGGACCUGGAUGAGCUGAGGGCCAGACCUUUGCCUGAUUCCUGAUUCUCAUGAGAGAUCAACCCUGUAGCCCUCUGCUAUGGCCUCUUGUCUUGGGCCCAUCAUCAGCUUGUGGGGUGGAGCAAGGACACAGGCUCUGAUUUGCUUAUGGUGGGCCCCCGGAAAGAGGGAGCACUGCGGGGUGGUUGGAGCGCGUGUGCCCUGCAUCCGUGUGGUGCCUGUAUGAUGAUUUUCCAGUUUGCUGACUCUGGGGAGCGCAUGAUCCCCGGACUGCCUUGAGAUCUCUCCCAACUCAGUUUCCCUUUGUCCCUUGAAGAGUGUGUGUCUAUACACUGGUGUGCCUCGAAGACCUGUCCAGGUGUGUGUGGAUGACAGGGCCGGUGCCUAGGUGCUUUUGGGGGGUCGGAGAGGAAGGUUGGAACGGGGGACAACUUUACCCUCGGUAGCCAGUGAGGGAAACCACACGACCCCAUCACCCCACAGCGCUUCUUCAACUUUGAGCAAAGUUCCCAAAGUGACCUUCUGGUGGGAAGGGCAGCAGGACACGUGGCCCCGUCCUUCUCCUCAUCUUUCUCCUCUGGCUGCCACCACUGCCGUGCCACCGCUGCUUUUUCCCUGGCUGGAGUGGAGGCUGAGCCCUCUUUCCUUGGCUUCCAUUUAAAAUGAACUUCACAACAUUCUAGCUAUUGAGGGAUGACAAAAGGAACCCAGAAAAGUGUGUAGGAAAUUACAAGCAGGUUCAAGAAGAUUUGCCUCAGUGACUUUCACCCUUGCCCUAAAGCAGGAGUCCCCUAGCAGGACUCCCUGAAAUUGUAUGCAAAGAAAUGUCUGUCCAUGUGUGGCAUGUGUGCGUGCGUGCGUGUGUGUGUGUGUGUGUGUGUGUGUGUGUGUGUGUGUGUGAUGGCUUUCAUCAGAUUCUCAAGGCCUUAAUGAGGUUAAAGGACCAUGGUCCAUAGUCACCACACUUGGGCCACAUAAAUGGAGGAGGUGUUGCUGUGAGGCAGUUCCUCCCUGGCCUGCUGCCUGAGGCCAGUCCCUGGACACACUGCUGCUGGAGAUCCCACCUCUCUCCAGUCCUCCUCGGAAGCUAGUGAAGCUAGGCUCUGCACGUGCUUGAAGACACCAUCGCCUCCUUUCUUGCUUCGUUAUUCCUGUGUGCGCUGCAUCUGCUCCGUCCUGCUCUUGGCCUGUGAAUGUGCCUCGUCCAUCCCUGGUGAGGGACCUCGAACCCCGGUGAGGAUGCAGCCCUUUCCAGUUGAAGUUUCUGUUCUACUUUCCUUGACAGCAGCCUGUGAAUUACUCAAGAGUCCCCUUGGGUUUGGAGUUACCAGUGGCUUUGAGUAGGAUCUUUGGCACGUAGUCUAACCUAGGGACAUUGGUUAUUCAUCUGUAAAGUGGGGAUAUACCUACCUCAGGGUUGCUGCAAGGAUCAAACGAGGAAACGUAUGAACAAUAAAGCAUUACCCAGAG